CGUCAUUACAAAUACAGCCCUUAACAGCACACAGUGUCCAUACUUGAUCAACCCAUGACAUUCAUUAAAACUGGUAUUUUAUUUGACGAAGGAAUUAUUGUCUAACGGUAAUGAUGCUGUAUGAAACUAACUCCACAGUUGUCUAAUUGAAGGACAAAAAUCUCCCUCACCCCCACCAGAGAGAGCUUGCUGCUGGCGAGACAUUCGAUUCAUAGCUGCAAAAUGGCCGACCGUCAACCAACUGACUUUCCAGCGCUUUAAAAACGAAUUCUUCUGCACAUUAGCUAGGUUUACAUCAUAGUACUUACUUAGAAAUCAAGAGCACCAACAAGUAUAUUUCUUUGUUAGCCACAUAACGUUACUUCAUUAUUCGUUUAGGGGCUGUUGAUUUUCAAGUAGCCUCGAAUGACAAAAAAAACCCGAGGAUUUCGCACUGAAGCACUUUAGCCACAGAUGAAAGAGGAAAUAAUCUUAGCUUUAGUUAGCUAGCUCUAUUUCAUAUGUGAUUCCUGAGAAAAGAGUAUCAGGACAGGGAACAGUAGUUCAUGGAAGACAAGAAAAGGAAGAAAGACGACAAAAGGAAAAGGGAAGCAUCUCAGAAGGUUGCAGAGCAAAAAAACAAAGUGCCAGAAUUGACCAAGCCCUUGUCCACCCAGUCUCCUGCUGCCCCCAGCUCUGCUUCCCCCAGCCCUGGACCCACCCCCUCGGCAUCCUCCUCCCCUGCCACCGCGGCUGCAGGCGGCGCCCCCCCUCAGGGCGGGAACAAUGCGAAGCGGCCGGCGGUGGCCAACGGACAGCCCCCCACAGCAGGCACCCAGGCCCCCCAGCGCUACAUGCCCCGCGAAGUGCCCCCGCGAUUCCGCUGCCAGCAAGACCACAAAGUGCUACUGAAGAGGGGCCAGCCGCCGCUGUCCUCCAUGCUACUGGGUGGAGGGGGCGGAGGGGGAGACGGCCUCAACGCAACCAUGGCUGCUGCCUCAGAUUCCAGUCCAGGCUAUGUGGGUCCAGCUGCACCCUCACUGUCCCUCACCUCAUCAUCCUCUUCAUCAUCAAUCGCUGCUUCUUCUACUUCUUCAAAUUAUGCAAAUUCCACGUGGGGGACGGGCUCUGGCAGCCUGCCCUCCUCUCAGGGCAGGGAGAAGGUCAUUGUGGACGGCUCGGACCUAGAGGAGUGGCCUAACAUCGCCCCUGGCGACGGGAGCGGAGGAGGUGGAGCUUCAGGGCCAGGAAGCGGUAGUGAGUCGUCGGUGGAGGGCGGUGGUGGAAUGCCGAACAGCUGUGCCUCAUGGAAAGGUGGGGAUCCUGGCAGUCCUUCACCCACUUCCUCGUUCUCAAUGUCCAAUGAAUGUAUGCUGUCCGGCAGUGUGGUGUGGGGGUCUGCUACCUCACAGGGUCCUGUAGAAGGGAAUGCAGCCCCAGGGACGUCAUUGCCACCCAUUCCCAAAUCCUCCCCUCUGCCAGUGGGCCCUGAUGGCUCGCUUGGUGGCAGUGGGGGGAUCCCUGGUGCCAACUUCAACCCAAAUGCCAACCCUUCUGCCUGGCCUGCCCUAGUGCAGCAGGAUGGAGCUGGGGCAGCUUCCUCUGAAGGUGCCCCCCCCUCUUCCUUCCUCCAGAGCCAGGUUGGGUCUCUGUCUGCCAACAACCCUCCCCCGGCCCUGGGGAACCCACCUCUAGCUUUGAAUCAAUCUGCUCAUCAGCACCAACUUCACCAAAUGCAAUCCAGAGAAAGAGAGCACCCGUCGGACGGGGGCUGGGGUGGAGCGGCGCUGGAGACCGGAGCAGGACCAAAAAAUGCGGGGACAGGGGAGGGAGCCAAUAUAGACUGUGGGGGAGGAGGCAACGGGGGAGACAACCUCUCUGCUUCCCAAACCUCUUCCUCCUGGGGAGGCCAGCCUUUCCCCGCUGCUAACUCCAAAACGGGUGCCUCAAGGACUGAUGGUUGGGAAGGGGGAGCUGCUGAGGGUGGUGGAGGCUCACGGUGGGGGUACAGCGCUCAGGGGGGUAAUGGAGGGAAAGCCUGGGGCGCUGGAAGUGGGGGUAACACUCAGACCGCCGGGGUAUCUCAGGGAGGGUGGGGAGGAGGAGGAGAGCGAGGGUCUUCAGUUGGCGACUGGGGAGGUAAUUCAGGUGGGAUGGGUGGAAGUGGUGGAGUUGGCAAUUCAGGAGGGGAGGCUGGUGGUGUCGGCGGCCGCAGCAGUAGCAGCAGCAGCAGCGGGGGCAGCAUCGGCAACCCCCCUGCCGCCGCCUCUUCUCCCAAAUCAUCCACCACUACAGCAAGAGCUUUGGACAAUCAGAAGGGAGUUGGAGUGGGGGACGGAGGGACAGAGGGGGACACAGGGGAGUGGGGGGGGGGCCGGGGUGGAAGAGGUCAUUCUUCAUCCAGCGGUGGAGGAAACUCCAGAGGUGGCGGCAAUCACAAUCAACACCAUGGGUAUGGCCACCACCGGUAUUCCCAUCCCCCACCACCCAACCCUGAAGUGGCCUUACAGGCAAUGCUCAGCCGCAAUGACCUGGACCCGCGCGUCCUCUCCAACACGGGCUGGGGCCAGACCCAGAUCAGACAGAACGUGGCCUGGGACCUAGAACCAGGAAAAGGAGGUUCUGGGUUGUCUGCUUCAUCCAAAACCUCUCCACCUCCCAUUGGUCCGUCUUCUCAGUACUCCACUGGCUCUGCUACAACUACUGAUUCUCCUUCCCUUCUCCCUGGCUCAGCUCCAAACCUGAACUCCAACCCUUCCCUGGGGACCUCUGGUGGGUCUGGGGAGGGCUGGGAGAGUGGUGGUAACAGCAGCAGCGGUUGCAGCAACUCCCUACCCAACCGAGGACCACCUCACCCGGGAUCCAACAUGAGGAAUGUUUCUGGUGUCACACAAUCUGCGUCAAUGACCACUGGAGCAGGUAUGGGAGGAGGAGGAGGCCUUGGACCAGGCCAGGGGAAGCCUACAGGAGGCUGGGGUGGGGUAGGACCAGGGGAGAGCCAAGGAAAAGGAUGGGGGAACGAAGGAUCAGAGUGGGGUGGAGGGAGGGAACGUAGUAGUAGAGGAGGUGGAGGAGGAGGGUGGGGAGAUAAUGGACAACAGGGUAAUCAAGGUGGAGGAGGAGGAGGUGGUGGCUGGGGAGGCAGCCAGGAGGAGAAGGGGACAGGAGGAGGAUGGAAGGAGAUGGGGAGGGAUGGAGGAGGGUGUGGUGGACAGAGGGAGAGGGUUGGGGGGGACUGGGGAGAGCGAGAGGCCAAAUCAAGCAGUGGAGGAGGAGCAUGGGGAGAGGAAAGGAAAGGUGGGGGAGACUCAGAAGUCGGUACGUGGGGUAGCUGGGACGAGGGAGCCCCUAGGAGAGCCUGGGGGGCAGGAGGUACAUGUGGAGGAGGGGCAGGUGUGGACAUGGGGGGCAGCAAACCCCACCAGGGGCGUUGGGGUGGAGGGGGGGGUGGGAAAAUGCACCCGUCACAGAUGCCAAACAGCCAGACAGCCUCUGUGAAAGGCCCCAUGGCACAAAAGCAGCAGCACCAAUCACAGCCCCAGCAGCAGCCGCUACCGCAGCAAGCACUGGACCCAGGGGACAUGCAAGGAGGAGAGGGCUGGGGGAGACCAUCGGGCCCCCAGGCCCAAAACCAAAGCAGCUCAGGCUGGACGGCCGGACCCAUCCCCAGCGGUCCUAAUGGAGGAGAGGGGCCGCAGUCCAGCGGUUGGGAGGAACCUUCACCACAAUUCAUUAGCAGGAAGAUGGACAUUGACGAUGGGACGUCGGCUUGGGGAGACCCCAGCCAGUUUAAUAACAAGACUGUCAACCUGUGGGAGAAGAACGGCGUUCCCACUGGUCAGCAGCUGCCAAUGCACGGCCAGGGACCAGGACCACCGCCCCAACAGCAGCAGCCUGGGCCUCCAGCUCUACAGCAGCAACCUGGGCCUGGGAGGCAGCCCACUGGGAUGGGAAGCAGGGACAUCAACCCUGGCCAUGGACCUGGACCUGGGAAAGCUCCAGGGAUGGCUCCAUCGUCUGGCUGGGACGGUGGCUCUCCCUCAGACCCCCCGGUGGACAACGGCACCGCAGCCUGGGGGAAGCCCACUGAGACCCCCACCGGCUGGGGAGACCCUGGGGAGGAACCUGGGAAGAACACCUCUGGCUGGGGAAACCCCUCACCCAACCCCAUCAAAUCUGCAGGUUCAAAGUCUAUGCAAGAAGGAGGCUGGGGUGAGGGAGACCAGGGCUCGGUGGCGGCCUCGCGUCACCCCAGCUGGGAGGAAGAGGAGGAGGGAGGAGCAGGGGUGUGGAACAGUGUUGGGUCCCAGGGCAGCAGCUCAUCCUACAACAGUGGGGGCUGGGGCCAAGGUCACGGGGGCAAGAAGCCCAACAACAAGGCUCCCCUGAAGAGUGGAGGAGGAGACUCCUGGAUGAACCCCAUGAACAAACAGUUCUCCAACAUGGGGCUGCUGGGUGAUGAUCCUAGUGGGCGGCCUCUGGACUUGGCCCCUGGUCCUCCUCAGGAUAAGAAGAUGGAAGGAGAGAAGCGAGGGAUGGGCCUGAAUGACUACAAUGGAGAGAUGCGUAAAGGAGGGCAGAGAGCCAUGGGAGGAGGAGGGAUGGUCUACCGUUCACCUGGUUCCAAAGAGAUGGGGCCUGGCGACCCUGGGCCUUACUAUGACAAGCAGACCUUGCCUUUCACCAAUCAGGAUGGGUGCCUUGGGGAGGAGUACUCUCCACCCUCUGUCUACAAGCCCUCUCCCCUCUACAACCACACUAUCCCCCCUAGACAAGGUGGUCAUAACAUGUUUGGCAGCAGCGGUGGUGGGAUGCCCCCGUCCAGACACCAGCCCGGUGUGCCACCCAUAAACCCGUCCGCAGGGAUACGAGCACAAGUGCCUCAUCAGUUCCUGUCACCUCAGGUGCCAGGUUCUGUGCUGAAGCAGAUGCCGCCUCCCAGCGUGGGUGGAGUCGGAGGUGUGGGUGGGGUGGGGGCUGUAGGAGGGGGCGUGUUCCCCCCUCAGCUGUCCCCCCAGCACAUCGCCAUGCUGAGCAGCAUCUACCCUCCGCACAUCCAGUUCCAGCUGUCGUCUAUCCCUCUCCCCCAGGCCUGCCAGCUCCUCCUCCAGCAGCAGCAGCAGAACCCCCAGCAGCAACAGCUCACCUCACCACAGCAGCUCCAACAGCUCUUACAGAACCAGAGGAAGUUCCCCCAAAACCCACGCCAGCAGGCCGACCCACAACAGCUGGCCAGGAUCGUGGCUAUUCUCCAGCAGCAGAGGCAACAGCAGCAGCAGGGCGUCGGUGGGGUGGGAGUGGGCUCCAAACUGUCCCCCUCUCACCUGGGAGGGGGAGGCCCAAAACUACCUAUGGCAGACUCCCUGCCCCAUCCAGGCAUGGGGGGCUCUCUGGACCUGCACCAGAAAACACAGGGCUACUCUGGGUACAGUGGAGGAGUGAACAUGUCUGGUCUGGACAUGGGGGGCUCAGUGGUGGGGGGCCCAGGGGGCAUGAAGGAUGUGGGGGGGCAGCAAUCCCGCUUCAAAUGGAUGAUGGAGGGUCACUCUCCUGCCCCUUCCCUUCCUGAGAGCCUCCACAAAAACGGUCCUAUGUCCACACCUAUGAGGAGGGGGGGCUCGCCAUAUUCCCAGUAUGACAUGAUGGGAGGGGAGGGGCUAGGUAUGCCCACACAGGGGGACAACUGGCACCGUACUCCUGGGAACAAGAUGGGCUCCAAGCCCCAGGGCACGUCCAGCUGGCCUCCUGAGUUCCAGCCCGGAGUGCCCUGGAAGGGGAUCCAGAGCAUCGACCCCGAGUCUGAUCCCUACAUGACCCCAGGGAGCAUGAUGGGAAUCCCUGGGCCGUCCAGCCUCAACGACACAGAGCACCAGUUGCUAAGAGACAACACAGAACCCAACCCCUCCCUGAACACCUUGCUGCCUUCACCUGGUGCCUGGCCCUACAGUGCCUCAGACAGCCCCCUCAACAACGCACACAACUCAGCAAAUUACACAGAGUAUAAGACCAGCUGGCCCCCUGAGCCCAUUGGACACAACAAGAUGUGGAAGACCAAUCGCAACCAACAGUCCCAGCAGCUGCCACGCCCACCCCCGGGACUCACCAAUCAGAAGCAGGCCUCGCCGUCCCGUGGCCCGUGGCAGGCCCGUGGCUGGGGCAGCUCGAGUGGGAUCCAGGAAACCAGAUAUGGCCCUGCAGGCUCUGCUUGGAGUGAUGGGGGGACCUCCAGAGGAAGCUGCUGGCUGGUGCUCUGCAACCUCACCCCACAGAUUGACGGCUCCACCCUCCGUACCAUCUGUAUGCAGCAUGGCCCCCUGCUGACCUUUCACCUCGGCCUGACCCAGGGCAGUGCUCUGAUUCGCUACAGCACCCCACAGGAAGCAGCAAAGGCCCAGAGCGCACUACACAUGUGUGUCCUGGGCAAUACCACCAUCUUGGCCAAGUUUGUGAGCGAAGAGGAGGUUGCUCGCUAUUUUGCACAUUCCCAGGCGGGGGGGGCAGGGUCCAGCGGAGCAGCCGGGGCCCCAGGGUCCAGCGGAGGCCAGGGAGGCCCCACAGGGACAGGUGCCAUGGGGGCCAACAGCAGCGGGGAGAGGGAACGAGACAGAACCAGAGAAGGAGAGGGAUCUGCCCCUGGAGGAGGAGGUAACGGAGGGGGAGGAGGCAGCUCGGGGCCUGUCAGCUCUGGCUGGCAGAGUUUAGACGGUACAGGAGGCUCCCUGGAUCCUACCCCCACCCAGGGGCCCGGCCUGAGUAUGUUUGCCCAGUGGAGCAGCAACGGUUCUGGGGGAGGAGGGGUGGCUGGGGGUGUAGAGCCCGGCAGACAGGGUUUGUGGGGAGGGAUGGGGGGUGGAGGGUACCCCAGCAGUAGUAUGUGGGGGUCCCCUGCCAUGGAGGAUCGACACCAGAUGGGGAGUCCUGCUGCUUUGCUGCCUGGAGACCUGCUAGGAGGAGGGUCUGAUUCUAUCUGAAUGACCACACCUAAUACAUGAACGCAUACAUUACGAAAAAACAUGCACUUACACAAGUUCUACCACACACACCCAGUGGCCAGUAUAUUAGGUACAUUCAUCUAGUACCGGGUCAAACCCCCCUUUGGCUCCAGAAUUCUUCGGGGCUUGGAAACGUUGCUCAAUUGGUAUCUAGGGCCCUAACGUGUGCCAGGAAAACAUUCCCCCACCAUUACACCACCAGCCUGUACUGUUGACACCAGGCAGGAUGGGGCCAUGGACUCAUGCUGCUUACACCAGAUCCUGACUGCCCUCAGCAUGACACAACAGGAACCAGGAUUAGUUGGACCAGGCAAUUGUCCAGUGUUGGUGACCGUGUGUCCACUGGAGCCGCUUCUUCUUGUUUUUAGCUGAUAGGAGUGGAAACCCAGUGCGGUAGUCUGAUGCAAUAUCCCAUCAGUGACAAGGACCAACGAGUUGUGUGUUCCGAGAUGCCGUUCUGCACACCACUGUUGUACUGCUCCGUUAUUUCCCUGUUUAUGGCCCGCCUGUUAGCUUGCACUAUCCUUGCCAUUCUCCUUCGACCUCUCAUCAAUGAGCUGUUUUCACCCACAGGACUGCUGCUGACUGGAUGUUUUUAGUUUGUCAUUCUACAUUCUCACUAAACCCUAGACAGUGUUAUGCGUGAAAAGUACAGGAGGCUUCUGAGAGACUGGAACCGGUACGCCUAGCACCGACAAUCAUACCACGCUCAGUCGCUAAGGUCACUUGUUUUUCCCAUUCUAGCGUUCAAUCGAACAGUAACUGGAAUGCCUUGAUGCCCGUCUGCCUGCUAUAUAUAGCCAGCCACGGCCACGUGACUUACUGUCUGUAGGAGCGAGCCCUUUUCGGGAACGAGCUGGUGUAACUUAUAAACUGGCCACUGAGUGUGCAUAUACGUUAAAACACCGAUGAAAUGAGUUCAUACUACACUGGUUACAAACAUGCAGGUCCACUGACGGUAACUGUCACACAUUAUGUCACGAAUAGACGGUGACAUGCCAACACUACCCACACACAAAAUCUCACACACACACACACACACAUACAUUCGCACACCUUUUACCUUUAAAUGAAGACUUCAACAGCAAGACUUGAACAGACAGAGGUGGAAUCUGUUGGACUGACAGACUCACCUGGAUGACUCCUCUUUCUACACCCAUGUAAUACAAAAACAGAACUCACACUGAGCAUACUGAGCCCCUAUCACUCAGGCAUGCCCUGUAGAGGAACUAACAACGUGACAACACAUGGAGGUCUUCCUAUGUGAUGUGUAACAACUUAUUACAACAACUCUGUACUACACAAACCUACAGGACGUUACAGCGCCGGGCCAGUUGGGCUUACAGUACCUACCUGACCCAACCCGUUCUGACAUUCGGAAUCACCUUCUCUCUAUUUCUCACCAGUUACACACUGCUCUGAUGUUUAACAAGCAAACAUGUAUCUUCUUGUAUGUCAUUUUUUUCCUGUUUGUAAAAAAGUGGAACAGUGGAAAAAAUCCAAGAUGUCUUUUCUUUUUGUUUUUCCUUCAAAAUGCUGACCUCGUUAUAUAUUUUUUCUUACUCAAUCAAGUUGGUUAUUAUGUCAUGAUGAUCACUUAUUACUAGCUGUACAAUGUUCCCUCCUGCCUGCCUGUGUGAAUGUGCUAGGCGUGACGGUAUGUUGAUGAUGAUAUUGUGAGGCAGUGGGCGCAGUCCACAGCUAAGGAGAAGCGAUGCAACAACCAACGGUUGCGUGCCACGUCAUCGACUGACAAAUUGCUAUAACCAAUGAUGUGGUUAGCUGAUACAACGCCUGAAUAGGUAUUUUAAGUAAGGUCUGUCUGUCUUCAGCAACGUCUAAGCAUAGGAACGCGCCCUGUGUCUGUCGUUGCCGUGGUGAAUGUGUUUUUGUCAAAGAGAUUCAUUCAUGAUUAACAAGCGAGUGAUUGUGAGAGAUAGUGUGUGUGUCUGCAAACACUUGGUAGGCGGACAUUUUUUACAUCAGGUGUUCCGUGUGUAUGUACUUGAUGCAGGUGUGUGUGUGGAAAGUUCAAGAACAUAGGCACUAAUGCAUAUUUCUCUUAAGUUGUGGUUUUAGCAGAAAUAUUUUUUUUUUGUCUGAAUUGCAGUAAUAUUUUUUUUAAAGAAGCAAACAACUGAAGGCAAUUAUAUUAAGAUGCCAAAACCUACCAUACCAAGCUGAGCUGGAGCGGUGUUUUGCAAACACGUUAAAGUUACCAAUUGUUUUAUUUUUUUGUUGUGUAUCAAUUUAAAUUAAGGCGGGCUUUAUCACUCCUGUUCAGGUUCUUUUUGUUUGUUUUCAGAUUUGACAAAGGAGAUAAUUAAUUUAAGCAAACACAAUAAAGGUUGAAUUCAA